AUGCAUCGAGGACUGAGCUUGCUUUGGCGACACUUUGGUAUUAUUCGCGCAACUCGCUCUGGCCUAAACCCCGUGCCCAUUGCAUCGACAAUCUACUGCAAGAAGUACCCUCACCAAGCCUUCCACCACAACGUCGGAAAAAUGUCCAGUUUUGACAAAUUCAACGGCAAUACGGCGGAUAAGCCGCCUAAGAAUGAAAUGGUCUAUCUUCCGGGCGUAAUGUCUCCCAAUCGGAAGUUUGGAGUGUUCCGCAAGGUCCUACAUACAGGCUUGUACUCUCAGUUGGUUGCUAUGGAGGUGCCGGUGAAGGGAGAGAUCGGAGAUGAGAUCCAUACUGUCGACCAGACGCUCAUCUUCACACACGGCAGGGGAAAGGCCAUUGUCGCUGGAAAGGAGCAGGAGAUUAAGGAUGGCGAUGUGGUCAUUGUUCCGGCCGGUACUCAGCAUCAGUUCCUUAACAUUGGCGAUGUCCCCUUGGAAGUGGUGACAAUCUAUGCGCCUGCCGAGCAUUAUCCGAGUACCAUGCACCAAACCAAGGCAGAAGGAGAUGCACAGGAAGAAAAGGGUGAGGAUGAGGCCCCGGAAUGGAGUCAGCGAAGCAAGGCCGAAAAUGAGAAGCUGGGACUAGUGAAGGGAGAGUGA